AUGCGAGUACCAUUUACGGAGCCACAGGUGAAAUGCAUUGCGAUACAGCUACUUAAAGCGCUCGUCUAUCUUCAUAGCAAACACAUCGUACAUAGGGAUCUUAAGGUCUCAAACCUUCUGCUUACCGACGAUGGUUGUUUGAAAGUUGCAGAUUUUGGUCUAGCUCGUAAAUUUGACAUACCACCGCGACAGAUGACUCCUCGAGUUGUGACCUUAUGGUAUCGAAGUCCCGAGCUGUUAUUUGGCGCAAAGGAGCAGAGUACUGGUGUGGAUAUGUGGGCAACAGGUUGCAUCCUUGCUGAACUACUCAUUCAUCGGCCGCUGCUGCCCGGAAAAACCGAGUUAGAUCAGAUCAACAGAAUAAUUGAGUUACUUGGGACUCCGACUGAGAAAAUAUGGCGAGGAGUGGACGAAUUACUGGCGCUCCAGAACAUCCAGUUACGCUCACAGCCAUACAAUAAGCUUAAAGUUGUGAUGGAACGAGCUAAUGACAGCUGCCUACAGCUCCUGAACGCUUUCUUUACGUACGAUCCAGCACUGAGAAUCAGCGCAAGUGAUGCAUUACGUUGCAGGUGCUGA